GGCCCUGACGUUCGUAAUCAGCUGAGGCAACGACCACGACCACGGGCCCUCUAGCACAGUCAGUUUGUCAUACGAGAGUGGCUCGUUCGACCCCGUCCGCCCUGAGAAUAAUAUUCUUCAUCCCUCGUGGAGGAAAAUACAACCUUGGUCGUUGGGUUAUAUAUCUACUUCUCCCUUCUCGGCUCGUUAGGACGGCAGUGCAGUAAAGCAACGAUAGCCCAAUCGACAAGCACACCGAGUUGCUACGGAGGAUCAAAGGCAGACAGUAUCGAAGUGCUCGCGGCCUAUUACGACAGUACAACAAUAUCCACCAUGGCCAAGAAAAUUGUCAUCAUUGGCGCCGGCGUGUCGGGUCUGACCAGCGCCAUGCUGCUCUCGCGCGACAAGGACUACUCCAUCACCGUGGUGGCCAAGCACAUGCCCGGAGACCUCGACGCGAUGUACGCCUCGCCGAUUGCGGGAGCAAACUACCUUCCGAUGUCCGACCGAGAAAACUCCCAAUACGAAGCCCGCACACUCCCCGAGCUCCAGCGGCUGGCCAGCCACGUCCCCGAGGCCGGGAUCCACCACCAGCGCGCGCGCCUGUACCGACGAGAAGCCGACAUGCCCACCCUGCGGCAGGGCAGCAACGGGUUCAACGGCAUGUUUCUCGAGAAUCCGUGGUACCAGGAAGUGGUGAACAAUUUCGUGGAGCUCGAGGUGACGCCCGAGAUGACAGCCGCGGGGAUCGCGGGCGGGUGCGAGUUUGACAGCGUGUGCAUCAACACGCCCGUUUACCUGUCGUGGCUGGUCGGGAAGUGCCGGGCGAACGGGGUGGUGUUCAAGAGGGGCAGUGUCAAGAGCUUGGCGGACGCGAGGCGGUGGUGGAGCUCGAGCGAGAAGGCGUUUGCCGAGGCCAAGGAGAAAGGGGAGGAAGGGCCGGCGGAUAUCGUGCUCAACAUGACGGGCCUCGGGGCGUUGAAGCUGGGCGGGGUGAUGGACCAGGCGAUGGUGCCGAUGCGCGGACAGGUCGUGGUCGUGCGCAACGUGGCCCCCGUCAUGUUUGGCACCUCGGGCACCGACGACGACGACGAGGAGCUUACGUACGGCAUGACCCGGGCUGUCGGCGGCGGGACCGUCCUGGGCGGCACGUACCAGCGCGGCAACUGGGACAGCCAGCCGGAUGCGGCCACCGCCCUGCGCAUCAUGCAGCGGUCCAUCGACACGGUGCCGGAGCUACUCAACGGCACGGGCAAGAAGGACAUCACAGGUCUCGAAAUUAUCCGGCACGCGGUCGGCUUCCGACCUUACCGCGAGGGCGGCGUCCGCAUCGAAAAGGAGAAGAUGCCGGAUGGCAGCUGGGUCGUGCACAACUAUGGCCACUCCGGGUGGGGAUACCAGGGCUCGUACGGCUGCGCGGAGAAGGUCGUGGCUUUGGUCAAGGAGGUGUCGAGGGACAAGGCCAAGUUGUAG